AUGCUUCUCAGCUGUCUGAGGUUCGAUCUACCCAAGCUCACUCGCGUCUCAUCUUGUUGUCUUUCGGAUUUACCCAGCUCCAGCACCGAACAAGCAUUUUGCACGGGGUAUUCUUUUGUUAGGAAAGAUGGCUCAAAAUGUUCUAAAUAUGGCGUUUAUUUUGGAGAAAACGACUCUCGGAACUGCUUGGCAACUCUAGGAGCUAGGUAUACGUUUGUCGGAGCCAUGAUACAAUCUUUGAUAAGAGCUGUUCGGGCGUCACAUCCUGGGAAGAAUCUCCACAUAAAGUCAGAUUUCCAAGUGCAUGGCGAGUUCAAAGCCAAUUUAGAGAGCUUAUACAACCGAAACUUCAUAUUGGCAAAUGGCAAACAAGUCCCAAACGCUAAGCUACUGAAGGAGCUUUAUCUUAACCUGAUUAAUAAGAAUGUUACUUUCGAACAUGUACCCACAGUAACACCGGAUCGCCAGAAAAACUACGUGACCGAGCUCAUCAUAAACGAUGAUAACUAUAGACAUAGCCAGCAAAGUUUGCAAAUGCCCAAGCUCACUAAUGUUCAGCCGGACACUGUGUAUGAUUCUUUCGGGAAAUAUGUACACCACACUGUGAAAUGGCCUGAGUGUUUUGUUGGAGGGAAAUUCGUGAAGAGAAUGAAUGGCUACUUAGCUGCAUCAUAUACGACUUAUUGGCCUGCAGGUCAAUGUAAAAGCAUCCCUCGUAGGCUCUCUCUCUUUCCCAUCACACAAUUCCGAGCAGAUCUAUGUGCUAUCGAAUCAGCUUUAAAUGAGGCUUAUGAUAAUGGGCUGAGUGAAGUUCUGAUCAGCAUGAAAACGCCUUUCUUCAUACAUUGUUUGCAAAAUGACUGGAAAAAUGAGGUGAAGAAUGACCUUCCCAACAAAUUCUUGUAUCAGCGGAUAUCCGACUUCGUUAGCAAAAGGAAGAUGCAUGUUCGAUAUAAAUAUGUUGUGCCUGACGAUGAAGACAGUCAUUGGAAGAUCGUCUCCGAAUUAUGCGAAGAAGGCUUAUCAUUCCCUGUAACAGCGAAAGACCGAGAAGAAUACAAGUGGACUCUCGAGGACAUAACGAAUGAUGUUGAAAUAGGAACCAGAGUGGCCUUACGAGCUCGAGUCUUCAGACAUGGCACAAAACUAUUUCCAGGUACCGUAUAUGAUAAGGUUAACUCUGAUGAAGCACCAUCAUUCAUACCUUACGCUAGACAGAGCAUACCUGAUCUUCUACUUGAAAUCAUGAACAGGGCUAUAAAAGAAAACGAAAAGUACGUUGUCAUUCGAACAGAUUCCGCAACGAUGAUCAAGUCUUUGAAAUCUUGGAUGCCAGUGUGGAAAAGAAACGGGUGGAGGAAUAGACUACAUAAACCCAUAAAAGACGAUGAGAAAUGGUGCGAAAUCUUCAAGCUCAACGACAAACUCAUGAUACGGACCGAGUAUAUGGAGAACUUAGACGACGAAGACGUGAAGAUGGAGGCGAAACUCCGCGAGGUUGGAAAAAAUAAGGAAAGGAAACCCAGGACUAAGAAACCGAAAACGAUGCCGGGAGAAAUGUCUGAAGAAAAAAAGGAAAGCGAUCAUCUCAACAUCUGA